GAGAGAAAGAGAGAAAAAUGUCAAAACUAAGGAACGACUCAUUAGUUUCUGGCAAAAAAUCUGUUAACAACUCCUCUAAACACGGAUUAGGAUGUAUACCCGUGCGAUACUUAAUCGUAUUGUUAAGUGUUAUAGCCAAUGGUUUGUCAUAUACAAUGCGAACCAAUUUAAAUCUAACUAUUGUUGCAAUGGUUAAACGAAACGAUGGCACUCAUGAUUAUGAUACCUGUCCUGUUGGUGACGGUAGUGGUAGUCAAACUAAUUCAAAAGAAGAAAUUGAGGGUGACUUUGAAUGGUCGGAAUCAAUUCAAGGUGUCGUUUUGGGCGCUUAUUAUUACGGCUAUAUUGUGACUAAUUGUUUUGGCGGACAGUUAGCCGAUUGGAUGGGUGCUCGUUUACUGGUGGGCGCCUCACUAUUGAGUUCCGGUAUACUGACAUUGAUAAUUCCUGUUUGCGCCAAUUGGUCAGUCUAUUCAGUUAUUGUAGUCCGAAUAGCUACCGGUUUGGCUCAGGGAGUGCUCACACCAUCGUUAUACACAAUGCUUGCCUAUUGGAUACCAUUGCAAGAAAGAGGACUAACACUGGCACUGAUACAGGUCGGCGGCAAUAUCGGUGCAGUUAUUACAAGUCCACUGUCGGCAGCCCUUUCACAGCAGGAAGUGUUUGCCGACGGCUGGCCGGCAGUGUUCUACGUGUUGGGCAUUUUAGGCUGUGUUUGUUUUUUCCCCUGGUUUUACGUUAUACACAACACACCUCAAGAACAUCCCAGAAUCAGCGACGACGAGCUAAUGUACAUUCAGGCCCACGUGACGGCCAGUUCCCGACGCAAAAGGGGUCGUUCCUAUGUUCCCUGGGGAUCCAUACUCAAGUCCCGACAAGUUUGGAUCAUACUUAUAACCAAAUUUUGUGCUGCCUGGGGCAAUCUGUUUCUAAUGUCCAAACUGCCUGCUUAUCUGGAAUCGGUACUACACCUGUCCAUGGAUCUGAAUGGUGUGGUCAACGCCUGUAUAUACAUAGCUUUAAGCGUUUCACUAAUGUUUUUCGGUUACAUAUCGGAUCUUAUCGAAAGAAGACGUCUAAUGAAUCGUACGGUUUCGCGGAAACUGUUUGAAACACUGGGUCUGAGUGGAGCAGCGGUUUUAAUGGCAGUCAUACCGGCCGUUGGCUGCAAUCAGGGCGCCGUCAUUACGCUUCUCAUAUUUGGUAUGAUAGUGUUGGGACUUAUGGCUGGCGGCGAUUCACCGAUUGUUGUCGAUGUGGCGCCCGAUUACUCCGGCUCUCUCUACGGUCUCACCAAUUCGUUUGCCAGUUUUCCGGGAUUUUUGGCCCCAUUAGUGGUCGGACUCGUACUCGACGGCAAUACUUCGUCUAACCCGAUGAGCCAAUGGAAUAUUCUGUUUUAUUUGGCGGCCGGAAUCUAUUUGGUCGGUGCCAUUAGUUUCUGUUUGUUUAUUUCGGCCAAACCUCAGUCAUGGGGUCGGGCCAGACACGGCACCAUACGGGCCACCAUUGAUGAGACCACACUUAACGGAUCGGUAUAUAUCAAGUCGAGACACAAUACUGUUGUCGAGGCCGACAAUGACGACGACAACUAUAGUAAUAAUAGCAGUAAUGAUAAUAACAAUGAAAAUAGCAAUCAAUCGACUGGUGAUAAUGUGGUUCAAAAUAUUUAAGAGAAAAAACAAACAAAUGUUUUUUAUAUUGUAAUCCUAUAGGUUGUCUGCCCCUCCCUUUC